CUCUCUCCAAAAUCAAAUAGACAAACAAACUCCCUAAACCCCCUCCGUUCGGUUACACUCCUCUCUCUCUCUCUCCCACACUCUCAAUAGAAAACCGGAUAUGAGAAAGCCCUAACCAGCAAACUCUAUAUUACUGUCAAUCAUGAGAAGCAGAAGCCUGACUGUUCAGGAACAGAGGAGUAGUAGUAGUAGUGGCGGUAGAAAUCUAAGGGAUUUCUUUGAGAGGCGGUGCCUGGCCCCGAUAACGCUAAACGACGACGUCCAGAUUUGUGCCCUGAACCAUCAUCCCUACCGCCUGUUGCCUCAGCCUCAGCCGCUCCACCUCAACCUCUCCGUUCUCAAGCUCGAUGGCUCUCUCUUUGAUGUUUGUGUCGCCAAGAAUGCCACGGUGGCAGAGCUCAAGCAAGCUGUAGAGGAUGUUUUUGUUUCGUGUCAAAAGGAAAUUUCAUGGUCGCAUGUAUGGGGGCACUUUUGCUUGUCUUAUGCUGAUCAACAGUUAAUUAAUGAUAAAGCGUUGCUUCGAAAUUUUAGGAUCAAGGAUGGUGAUCAGCUGCAAUUCAUUCGACAUCUGUCCAUCCAAAAUUCACCUAUGAUCAAAAGUGCCAAGAACAAGAACAUUGCUUGCAAACUGCACUCACUGUUGUCAUCAGGGUCAAAUUUUCAUGAAGAGACAGAAGAGACUGGUUCAGAUGAUAUUGAUGAUGAUGAAAAUCAGGAGGAGAGCUCCAAGUGCCAUGGUGAUGACAACCAGGAGGAUGCUCCUACACCAGAGUUGAAGUUGGCUACUGUCUUGAGAGGGUGGCUCUCAAACUCCUGCUUGUGGGGCAUUUCAAGGAAGAGAUCAGAAGGCUGGAAUCCAAGUAGUUCAAUAUUGGGUCUGCACUGCUUCGGAGGUGGAACUAGGGUGAAUGAUGAUAUAAGUUUAAAGCUUACUAGAAAUGGAUGUAAAAUCGAGUAGGCUACUAUGUAAGUGAAAGCCUGUCCAGGCUUGCCCAUGGGCUGCCAUUUUGUUCCAGAAGGUGGUCUACAGGAUUGAGAUUCACGACAACUAGCUCUCAAAAUGCAAGAGAGAAUAUAUAUGAGAUUCACUUGUCUAGGUAGGUGGUCGGACAACUCGACAUUUAUUUGGACAAGUAUAUCCCAUAUGUACUUUUUCACAUUAACUGUUAGCAAUUUUGUUAACUAAUUAUUAUGGAUUCCAAUCCCUCUGAACAUGCUCUAUAAGCUCGGCUAACAUAAUUUUUUAUUUUAUUUUUUGAGUUUGAAGUAAGACUAGUUCAGUGUAAAUAUUUUAUGGUUGGGUCCAUCUGUUAUUAGGUGUUUUCCCUGUAAAGCUUUUAAUUUUUAUCCACUUCCAAUUAGUACUCUC